GCCGCCCUCACGGGCCUCAGCCCUGAGGUGCUCAUCAGAACUCGCCACAAGCAUCCAGCAAUGCGGCAUCAAACUCUCACUUUCGCAAGUGCUGGGGAAUUCAAAGGAACACAGGCGGCUAAUUGGGAGGCCUGCUGAAGUGUCUCUGGAGGGAGCGCUGCCAGCAUUCGGGAACAAAAGUACUCGUCUUUUGCGCCAGCCCUGAUGAGCAUGGUGGUAGUGUGCUGCUAGGAAGAAAGUUUAAAUCAACACCUUCACGUCACGGAAGAUGAGCAACACAGCAUCGUUUUCAGGUGCUUCCCAAGCGUGCCUUGCCUUAUGCGGUUCCGAUGGUAGGGGUGGUCGCACUUCUGGGAGGGAACUUAAUGGAGCUGCACACAUUGUGCCGAGCUGCCACGCCUCUGCUAAGGCCACGACUCCAUCUGCUGGCCAUAUAUCUGCAGAAGUAGAGAGGCGCUUGGUAUGGGGCAGUGCAGGUUUUCCAAAUUGGGAUUCAAAUCCUUUCAGGAGGAAGACUGGGUUGGGGGAAUUUGGAGAAAAGUUCGGGGUAGGAGCUGAGGGACUUGGCAGGGGGGGCCGUAAGCUAUUGUGUGCUAGGAGCUUGCAAAACGAUAGGAGAUCCCCCUGGGACAGCGACGAAGGUGGGGGCCCCGGAGCAGGGUCGCAGGAGCAGCAGGCUGCGGGGAGAGGUAGGAGUGGCAGCUUCGAGGGAGGCUACCAAAGUCAAGAGAGGAGGGUGGGUGGACGAGAAUACAGAACGUCUGAUGUUGAGAGGACAUCAAGGGGGGUGCAACGGAAAGAGUAUGAUACAGGACGCAAUGGUGGCUUUCAAGACUUCGAAUCUGGAAGAGAUUCCAGGGGGCCUCGGAGGGGCGGAUAUGGCGAUGAGAGGUAUCCAAGCAGAGGAGGGGGAGAGGGUGUAACCAGAGAGGGGGGUGGGUUCGGACAGCGUUAUGAAAGGAACGCAGCAUAUGAAGGUUCUUCCAGGGGGGAGGGUUCUGGAGAAGGGAGAAGGGGUGGGCGGGGGAGGGGACGGGGGGGAAGCCAACGGAGGGGGUACGAUAGACGAGAUGUAAUCAACGCAGAGGAGGUCGAGACAAGGGGACAAGAUGUUUGGACAAGAGGCGGGGGGAGGCAGUACGUUCAAAGGGGCCCAGCCCCCACAAGAAUGCGUGCGGACGAUGCCCUCGAAGCACUGAAGAUCGGACGGGGACAGCCGAUUUCGGACGUUUUGGAAGGCUGGGGUGCUCGCCUGAGCAUGCCAGAAUGGAACCGGUUGCUUCGUCUGGUUGAGUCAGUACUGGGAAUCCAGGCGGCAGUGCAAGUGGUGGAUUGGAUGAAGACGCAGAGGGACUGCCCCCCAAAUACGAUCAUCUACACCACUCUGUUGGGACUUCUCGGCAAGAACAGGCUGUCGUCAUUGGCGUCCAAAGCUCUGGACGAGAUGGCAGCGUCCGGCGUCGCUCCGGACAUUAAAUGUUACAACUCGGCCAUAAGCGCGCAGGUCGGGGCGCAGGCGUUUGAAAGCGCGACGGAGAUCGUGCAAAAACUCAAGGCGGACCGGUCAGUUCGGGCAACAGAGGUCACCUACAACGCGCUUCUCAACACUGGUGUCAAGUCUCGGGUCGAGCCCCAGCGGCUGCGGGACCUGCUGUCGGAGAUGCGGGAAGCGAGGCUGAAACCCAACAAUAGAACGUACACCUCUCUCAUAUCCGCUUUCGCCAAGGCCGGGGACUUUGACUCCGCUUUCUCCCUUCUGAAAGAGAUGCGGUCCGAAGGGGCGGACCCGGACACCAUUACGUACAACGUCCUGAUCGACUCGCUAGGCCCUGCGGGGCGCGCCGCCGAGGCUGACGCACUGGUGCAGGAGAUGAUCCAACAGGGCCUCCAGCCUAGCAUGUCGACAUACAGCAUUCUGAUGAAGAUGCACGGGCGCAACAAGGAGUGGGAGCAAAUGGAGGGCGCGUUCCGGUCGAUGCAGCAGGCGGGAAUCGAGCCUGACGUCAUCGUGUACGGGACGCUGAUGGACGCGUUCGGGCGCGCUGGGGAGUGGGAGCGCGCCGAGAAGUACUUUGAGGAGAUGCAGAGCGCCGGGCUGCCGGGAAACGCGGCCGUCUUCAACGGCCUGAUCAUGGGUUACGGAAAAAGUAACCAGGCGGAUAAGGCGAAGGCCCUGCUGCACCGCAUGAGCCGCGCGGGCGUGGCGCCAACGAUCGUGACGUACAACGCGGUGCUGGACGCCUUCGCCAACGAGAAGCGGGUGGAGGACAUGGAGGCGGUGUUCCGGAACCUUCUGUUGGGCGAGCACGUGCCCAACCUGAUUACGUGGAACACGCUGCUCAAGGGUUACGGCGAAGCGCAGCGCAUGAAGCCCCUCGACGACACGCUGCGCAAGAUGACGCUCGCGGGCGUGGAGCCUGAUACGGUCUCUUGGAGUACUAUUGCGAUGGCUUACGAGCGAGCGGGAAUCAAGAAGGUCGCCGCGAUGGCAUGGGAGAGGGCCGGUCCGCGUGGCACCCGACAGAAGGUUCCGCCACGAGUAGCGGCUCUCGCAGAAAUAGACGAAAUAGCAAGCGCAAUGGCGCAAGCGAUUGAGACUCCCGUUGAGUCUGCACAUCAGAAGGUAUGAUCCAUGUUCGACGUCAGGUAGUGAAAAGGGUAGAGCGAAUGGGAUGGUUCUUAAUACCAAAAGGUUCUUGUUGCGUUGAGACCUUUUGUGCCGUCUGAAAGCCCAUGUUUGGAAGUGUGAAAGGGUUCGUAAAUUCGGCCCAUUUAAUAUGUGCUGGUUGGCUUUACUUAGAUCAAUUGGGCCCAGGAAUUUUAUGAGUUAAUGAUGCAGGCAAGCUUGCAUUCCAU